AUGGUUACAAACCAUGCAAACCAUGUCUUGAGUGACAAUAAUAACAACAAUACGAUUGAAUCCAACGAUGAAUUGAACGCAAAGACGAGUCAUUCAAAUGAUGUGAUUAUUUAUGAAAUCAAUUCAUACGACGAGACCUAUGAUAGCAGUUAUGGUACGAGUGAUAGUCUGGCCAUCGGUUCCGACGCUACCGACGAUGACAUCAAUCACUACCAGAAUAUUAUCAACCGAUUGUCUGCCGAUAAAUGCCGACUAAAUGAUGAGAUAAUGGGUUUAGAAGAUCAGGUGAUGGAUCUGAUGAGUGAUAGGGAGAGUGCGGACAAGAGUUUUCGAUCGCAAUUGGAUUCGUUGAGACACAAGAUUGAGGCCAAUGUUGAGUCCAUCGAUGAGUUGAGACAAUCGGUGGACACUUUGGAGACAAUGAAUGAGACGCUCAGACAUACUGUCGAUCAGAAAGUGAAACAAAACCACGAAUUAGUGGUCAGUUUGCGAGACAUCGAAGAGAAGUGCUUUUUGGCUGAACUCAAGUUGAAAUUCAGUGAAAUACAGUUAUCUGAAGCGAUCAAAACUGAAUCCCAUUUGAGACACACAUUGAAUGUCACCGAAAAGGCAUUGAAUUCAGCGAAUAUUUGCAAAUAUGAGACCAUUGAACGACUGAACGAGUUGUCGAUGUAUUGCACGGAUAGAGACAAACACAUAAAUGAACUCAAUUUACAAAUGGAUUCAUUAAAACAGCGAAUUACUGAUAGAGACAAUGAGCUCUGGUUUUUCAGUGAUGUUUGUUAUGUUAAUUCACUGAUGAAGAGACGCAGGAUUACCAAUGCUUUUGAUUUUAGUAAUUUAUGUCUAUUGCCGUCUAUUCUUGAGACACAAUUCGACUGUUUUCCGAGGAGUGUUGGCGGAGAACAGACCUCUUCAUCCAUUGGACACGAGUUGUGUUCCGAUACAAGGAUGGCAUCGAAUGCCAGCUCCAGAUCUUCAUCACUACUCAAUCGCAAGAAGUCUUUACAUAAGAAAAGUUGUGACAAAAAUAUUCCCAAAGAUUGUGUGAGUUCUGCGAUGAAUUCAAUUGACGAUCAGUUGUAUGAAAAGUUGUCUGAUUUUGACCACACAAAUGGUGACAUUUACUAUGAGGGAAAAAACAAUUCCGAAGACAUGGAAGCAGUUGUCAAUUCAGAUGACGAUUUGAUUGAUAGCGAAACUUCUUCAACCAAAUCAUCGCUAUUUCCAUCGCUUCCAGACGUGAUUCUCAGAAAAUUACAACUUCUUCGAGAGAGUAGUUGCAGUCAUUUGGUUCGCAACCAAAGAAUACAUAUUGUCGCCGCAAAGAACAAAAGUGUCGAGAGUUUGACUGAAGAGGAGAUUGAGUCUAAAUUCACGACACUAUCGUUGGCUUUCAAGACCGAUAAGUUUACAUUAGAGCAGAGGGUUAACCUCCAGAGACAUCAACGCGAUGUCUCAGAACUCGACGCCAACAAUGAGUUGCAAUGCCUUCGAGAGUCUGUCCGCGAGUUAAAUGAAUUAAUGUUCGGUUUGGACGACGACUUCGCGCUCAUGAACUCGCGGACAGAAGGCGUGAAAGAGUUGUUGACCAAAAUUGAGACACAAGUGGAUGUCGUCGCGCAGACCAACGCCAAGAUCUCGUCCCGUUCUGAACUGUACGGUGCGGUCAAACAGGAGGAGCGAAUGAGCGGCGCGUUUGAUGUGAUUCUCAUCCAUUCCCAGAACCUGAGGAAAGAGUCGGAAAAGUGUCGCAAAGAGUUAGAGAAGACGAAACAAUUACUCAAUUCAAUGGGCACUAAGAAGUUAGAGUUUGAGAGCGAUUCCGACAACGAGUCCGUUCCUCUUCGCCGAUCUAUUCGCUCCAUAUCGACAACAAUUGUGCCCAAAACGAACUUAAUUCGAGUUCGAAGAGCCAGUGUCUCAUCGAUUGUGCCGAAUUCGGAAAAACAACGGAAAACAAUGCAACCGAAAUACGUGGCGCCCAAACCCUCAUACCUGGCCAACCGGUCGCGGAGGUGUUCAAUGCCCGCCACUUCUGCUAUAUUUCGGUCCAGAAGUGGUGUCGAUAUCGAGACCUCAUUUUUGGAGAUCACUGCAGAAGAAAAGGGCGGCUCUGAGUCAGACUGCGGCUCCUCUUUGGUUAAUCCGGACUCAGAUAACGAACAAACAGAACAAAUAUCUCAACCACUUUCGCGACGAAAGUCUUCGUUAAACGAGAUAAACAUUGCGUCCAUUAAUUGUGAACAC